AUGGGGAAUCAAGAUGGGAAGCUAAAGAAAAACACAGGUGAUGUGCAUGAAGGAGGGGAGGAUGCCUCUGGGCCCAAGGAUACAGACAGCACAAAGAAGGUAUCAGGCAGCAGAAGGGGACUGGGGAAGCAUGCAAAAGGAAGUGAAUCUGGUAAGAAGAAGGGUAAAUCGGACUCGAGGGCCUCGGUGUUUUCAAAUCUGAGAAUCAGAAAAAAUCUGUCCAAGGCUAAAGACGGGAAUAGUAGUUCACGGGAGGAUGUUUUGGAAAGCCAGGCCCUGCAGGCUGGAGAGCUGGACAGUACUCAUUCAAUUGUAACCAAAACUCCAGAUAUAAGCAUCUCUGCAGAUGAAGGGGGUCUCUCAGACACAGAUGUGGAACAUUUUGAAAUCAGAAAUGAAACUGUCCCAGCUGCUGCAGAGACACAGGAUGGACAAAGAACCAGCUCUGGCUCUGAUACGGAUAUAUACAGUUUCCAUUCAGCCACAGAACAAGAGGAUUUGCUUUCUGAUAUCCAGCAAGCUAUUAGACUGCAGCAGCAGCAGGGUGCAAUUAACAUUGGAACUGAGGACGUUGUCACCAAAACAAUGGGCCAACACAUGGCUAAUUCGCAAGCAGCCCCCUUAGAUUUUGAACGGUUUCUUUCAGUAACUGCCACUGACAAAGUGGGGAGCCCAGACACUGAGGGGGCUUUUCCAGCGAUAUCUGAAAUUGUGGAAAACAUUCCCAUCUCCGGUGCAACUGAACAUGAACUGAAAGGGGUGGUAAAAGGCACAGGCUCUCCUGGUAAUGGCUUAUUUGAAACACAAGAACGUAAGCUAUUGAUUGAGGAAGAAGAACAGCUCGUUGCUGGAGUGGAUGCUGUAGCUAGUGAACUAGAAGACAAUUUAAAUAGAACUGCAGUAGAAAACAGGUCUCAGACACACAGUUCCACACGACCUUUUCCAACCUCGGUAGCAGAUGCUGAGACUAAAAUUGCUGAAGUGCAGGCUGUUGAUUUGCAGGACUCGGUAACAGAGGACGGGAUUUCAGAUACAGGCCAUGAUCAUGCUGCUGAGACUCAGGAAGGGAAACACACACUGUCAGCCAGUCAAGAGGACCUGCAUAAUGGUUUAUCCACAGAAAUGAAAAAUGGCAUUUUGUCCUCCGAGGGGACAGCAGGCAGUCUGAUGCUUGGUUCCCGAUGUUUUAAGCCCUAUCUAAUUAAUCCUUGUUACAUCAAAACCACAACUAGACAACUGAGUUCUCCCAACCAUUCACCAUCUCCCUCCCCAUCCCAGAGCCCACUUUUUACAAGGAGGCAGGAGUCCUUCCACAAAAAAGAAAAAGCCUCAAUCAAGAAGCAGAGGUCUGCUAGUUUGGCAGGUUUAUUUAGUCGUUCUGCAGACUGGACAGAAGAGAUAUCUAAUCACAAGUGCGAGAUAACGCAGAAGGUGGGCUCUGUGGGCUACUUGGAGCACAAGGGGUUUAGAGAGAAAUUUCAAACAGAAAGAGUGCCUUUGACUCAUUCAAGAAAGUCCUCAGGGGUGCAAGCUUCUACAGAGACAUUUCCCAAUGUCUUUUCAGGGCGAACUCUGUUGGAGAAGCUCUUCAACAAGCAGGAAAAUGCACCGCAAGAAGAAGCAGAAAAACUAUGUUCUCGCAUUAUUGCGAUGGGUCUUUUGCUUCCAUUCACUGACUGCUUCCGAGAACCAUGUAAUCAGAGUGCCCAGCAAAGCACGCCCAUGUUUGAUCAAGACCAGCUUUAUACCUGGGCUGCAGUUAGCCAACCCACACAUUCGUCAGAUUACAUCGAAGGAAGCUUUCCAAGGAGAAUUCCAUCUGUGUGGCCCCCACCCAAACCUCCAGAUGAAGAACAAAGACUCAAAAUUACAAAAGAAGAGUUGAAAUCUACUGUCCUAGAAACAGAGAAUCAAUGCAUAGAAGAUGUUCAGCGGGUACAGGAUGAUUUUGAGGGGAAAUCUGAGGAGCGUGCCAGUGUCAUCCAACAACUUGAGCAAACUAUUGAGGAUCUGAGGACCAAAAUUGCAGAACUAGAGAAACUGUUCCCAGCUGCAGAGGUGCAGACUGCUGGGAGGGAGCAGGACAAUGAGUACAUGCAUGCAGUCUGUGGGGAACUCAGCAGUGUGACUCUUCAAAGGAAUGGAGAGGAGACCGUACCCAGGACUGUGUCACAAGCAAGAUCUGUACAGACGUCACCAACAGAGGAUUAUUCAACACACACAAUGCCUUCAGCCAAUGCACUGCCACAGCCACCCCCGCUACCACACUUAGAAGGGGGCAAAAGUGAAAGGCCAACUCAGAAAUUGCCAGCUCUGGAACUACAGCCCACAUUUUGUUCUGAAAUCUCCUUAAUUCUGUCGCCGAAGCUGAUCUCGGUGCCACUGGAUGCAAGCCAAUCAGUACAGAGUAUGCCGCAGUCACCUCUUCCAGGACCCAAAGUUAAUUUGUCCCUUGCAUUUGAAGGAGAGACUGAAAUGCCAGCUUCCCAUCAGCCUCUAAGUACUGUAGAUAUGACUUGUAGUGAACAACCUCGUCCUUUGCCCCCCGAGCCCACAGGUAGCAUUCCCCCAUCACUGCCAGCCACCAAACCGACUGCUCCCCUGUCUGCAGUACAAGGCCCUUCCCUUGCCCCCCCUGUGUCCAUGGCAAGCGUACCACUCCCACCACCCCUGCCCAGCUCAGGACUCCCUCCUUCUGCUGGCUCAGCAGUGCCACACCUGGACCACUCUCUGCCAGGCAUGCCCCCCCCACCCCCUCCUCCUCCACCUUUGCCAAGUGGGGAGAUAUCGAUGCAGCCCCCAGCCACUCCUCUCCCAUGUGCUGGAGUACCACCACCACCUCUACCACCACCUUUGCCUGGAGCAGAAGUCCCACCUGCUCUGCCCGGAUGGGGCAUCGCACCUCCCCCUCCACCACCACCUUUACCUGGGGCUGGUGUCCCUCCCCCACCUCCUCCUCUGCCUGGACUGGGAAUGCUACCCCCAGCACCACCUCUGCCUGGAGCAGGACUGCUACCACCUCCCGCACCUCUGCCCAGAGGGGGCAUCCCACCACCUCCACCUCCUCCUCUACCACCUCCUCUGCCUGGUGCAGGUGCCCCUCCUCCACCUCCUCUGCCUGGUGCAGGUGCCCCUCCUCCACCUCCUCUGCCUGGUGCAGGUGCCCCUCCUCCACCUCCUCUGCCCCCUCCUUUGCCUGGGUUGGGGAUGCCACCUCCAGCCCCACCACUUUUACCAGGAGAAGUGCCACCCCUUCCAGUGCCAGCCCAGGGCAGCACCUACCCAGCAGUCCCACAGGUAUGUGGGUUUCUUCCUCCUCCGUUACCAUCUAGUUUGUUUUCAAUGGGGAUUAAUCAGGAGAAAGGGAGCAGGAAACAUGUGAUAGAGCCUUCUCGACCAAUGAAGCCUCUUUACUGGACAAGAAUUCAGCUCCACAGUAAAAGAGAUUCUAGUGCUUCACUUGUGUGGGAAAAAAUUGAAGAGCCUUCCAUAGAUUAUCAUGAGUUUGAAGAACUGUUUUCUAAAACAGCUGUUAAAGAGAGGAAGAAACCCAUUUCGGACACCAUUACAAAAACAAAGACUAAACAAGUUGUCAAGUUGUUAAGUAACAAAAGAUCUCAAGCUGUUGGAAUAUUAAUGUCUAGCCUUCAUUUAGACAUGAAGGACAUUCAGCAUGCUGUCGUGAACUUGGACAACUCUGUGGUUGACCUAGAGACCCUUCAAGCCCUGUAUGAGAAUAGAGCACAAUCAGAUGAAUUAGAAAAAAUAGAAAAGCAUAGCAAGGCAUCCAAGGAAAAAGAAAAUGCCAAGUCUUUGGAUAAGCCAGAACAGUUCCUCUAUGAACUGUCACUAAUUCCCAACUUUUCAGAACGUGUAUUUUGCAUCCUGUUCCAAUCAACGUUUUCAGAAAGCAUUUGUUCAAUCCGUCGCAAACUUGAAUUGUUACAGAAACUGUGUGAGACAUUGAAAAAUGGGUCAGGAGUUAUGCAGGUUCUGGGUUUGGUACUUGCUUUUGGAAAUUACAUGAAUGGUGGAAACAGGACACGAGGACAGGCUGAUGGGUUUGGACUAGAUAUCCUGCCAAAACUGAAAGAUGUCAAGAGCAGUGACAACAGCAGGAGUCUUCUAUCUUACAUUGUCUCAUACUAUUUGCGUAAUUUUGAUGAGGAUGCUGGAAAAGAACAAUGCAUCUUUCCUCUUCCAGACCCGCAAGAUCUCUUCCAGGCUUCACAAAUGAAGUUUGAAGACUUUCAGAAAGAUCUUCGCAAAAUGAAGAAAGAUUUGCGAGUGUGUGAGACAGAAGCAGCAAAAGUUUAUCAGCUAUCACUAGAAGAGCACCUCCAGCCUUUCAAAGACAGCAUGGAGCAAUUCAUUAGUCAAGCUAAAAUAGACCAAGAAAAUGAAGAUAAGUCACUGACAGAAGCACAUAAAAGCUUUUUGGAAACUGCAGCCUAUUUCUGUAUGAAACCAAAAAUGGGAGAGAAAGAGGUGUCCCCACAUUCUUUCUUCAGUAUUUGGCAUGAAUUCAGUUCUGACUUCAAAGACUUCUGGAAGAAGGAAAACAAACUUAUUCUUCAAGAAAGAGUUAAAGAAGCAGAGGAAGUCUGCAGGCAGAAAAAGGGGAAGUCGCUAUACAAUAUAAGACCAAAACAUGACUCUGGAAUUAAAGCAAAGAUAAGUAUGAAAAUCUGA